AUGAUCUUCCUACUUCUAAUCUCAUUUGCUUUAGGAGACCUGCCAGUUCAUUGCACUUACAAACAAAUAGUGGGAGACUGGACAUUUACACUAAAUUUAGACACUUUCCACGCCUAUCUUGACGAUUCUCAAACUUUUUGUGGACAUGGCCAGCCAGACCAUAUUCUUGAUAUCGACAUAUCAGAUACUUUUGAUUUCUCAAAUAAGCAGAAUGUAGAUGUUACUUUACAAGAACCAAACAUAGCUUAUAGCUCUGAGUAUGGACAAGGCACUUGGACAAUGAUCUAUGACGAAGGCUUUUUAAUUGACUUUCAAGACAUUUCAUUUUUCACUUAUUCUUUAUAUGUCCACUCCCAAAACAGCGUAGGAAAAUACGACAGUGUCUGUGACAAGACCACUAUUGGCUGGUAUCGAGGCAGCGAUCCUAAAGAUCAUAGGAACUGGGGCUGCUUCUUUGCUAUGAAAAAUGGAGAAGAUGAUUUAGAACUUAAAGAGGCCGAAACGGAUACCUAUAAGUGAAUUCAGCCAACUGACACUGUAAGCUUCUUACAAGUAGAUAAGCUUUAUGACGACUUCGACUCAGAAGUAGCCAAAAUAAACCAAGCCCAGUCAUCGUGGACUGCAGAACUGAAUCCUCAAUUUAAAGGAAUGACAAUGAUGCAGGUAAAUCAACAGAUGGGAAGGAGCUCUAGGACUAUAAAGAUUGAGCCAAGCUAUACAAAUGAUAAAAUAUUAGACCAAGGGGUGUAUGAAGAUGAAGAAGAUAGCGAAAAUUUGGGAAAUGAUGAUAUUUUGUAUUAUUGGAAUACUCCAAAUAGCAAAAUUAGUGAAGAGGAGUUACCUGAAUCGUGGGAUUGGACCAAUAUUAAUGGAGUUAACUAUGUCCCGAGCCCUAGAGAACAAAAAAACUGUGGGUCUUGUUAUAUUUUGUCAACUAUAGAAAUGAUUGAAUCUAGGCUGAGGAUUUUGACAAAUAAUGAUUUUCAGACGUCGCUUAGCAUACAAUAUGCAUUAAGCUGCAACUUCUAUACAGAAGGCUGCAAUGGAGGGUAUCCAACACUAGUUAAUAAAUUAUUUGUCCUAUUAUUAUCUAGUUUCUAUAAUAAAAAGCAUUAUAUUUUAUUAUUAAAAUCAAUAUUUAUUUAUAAAAAUAUAAUAAAUUUAUAUAGCGCUUUCCCGAGGAUGGCGCGGAAUGGCGCCAUCCUCGGGAAAGUCAACUAAGCAUCCACACGGGAACUGGGAGUUCCACGUGUGGAUGCCAUUUUUUGACAUGUGGGAUCCAAACUUCCACAUGUCAAAAUGGCAUCCACACGUGGAACUCCCAGUUCCCGUGUGGAUGCCUUCCUGGCUUUCCCGAGGAUGGCGCCAUUCCGCGCCAUCCUCGGGAAAGCGCUAUAUCAGAAUUCAACCUGAUCCCAGACUCUUGCGCUCACUACCAAGCCAAAAAUACCGAAUGUGUCACUGAAUGUGACAGCCCUCUGAGAGUUUCUGUUUCGGAUUACUACUAUAUAGGAGGCUACUAUGGCGCUGCAGAUGAAGAAAAUAUGAUGAAAGAAAUCCGGGCAAGAGGAUAUUAACUUAACUUAAAUUACAGGUCUUGGCUUGUUCGCCUAUUGGCAACGCAGUCAUCAAGGAUCUUUAGGGAGAUUGACCCUUUUGUGACGACAGAGAAAACUUGUCUGAGUUUGGAUGAUUUAGCUGGCGAGUUGAAGGUUCGGACACCACCUUUCCUCUUUUUCGUUACCUGACGCAAUGGCAUCUGUGAAGUAGAGUUCUGUGUCUUCGUCUCCUUCUUGCAUUGCCAACUACAGUGUUAAGUAGGAAGGCUAUGCACUUCUGCGCCAUGCUGCUUCGGUUGAGCGAAGGUUAUCUGCAGUUGCCCCGAAUGAUCUAGGCAUUAUCUAUAGACGCUGCUGGCUUUCCGUUUCCAACUCUGAAUGCUACUUUUUUAUUGAGGUAAAAUCCAAUCCCUUGAAGCGGACUAGGGCUAGUCUUUGUACAAUACUAGAAUUGCUUACCGAGCAUUGUUGUCCAUUCUGGGCUAGCAAAACCUUGCCUGAUAUAAAUAAAAUGUGCUUGAGGCAAUAUUGCCUCCUGGUAAUUCCGACCGAAACGCCAUUUUAUUUAUAUAGGACAAGAGGACCAAUUAUUGCAAAUUUAGAGCCGUCAAGGGAUUUCUCAUUCUAUAAGAAUGGAAUAUAUGAAAGCGUUGCUAAUAGAAAAGAAGACGGCGACAUCUCAUCAACAAAUAUGAGAGAAAGUGAUAUGGAGUGGGAAAAAGUAAAACCAUUAGAAUAAAUAAAAAUAAAAAAGUUAAAAUUAAUAUGUUAUUUAAUAGGAAAAUAGGAUAACAAUAGUAAAAAAUUAAGAGAUAUUUAAUCUUGUUAAUAUAGAUCAUAGCAUUUUAAUUGUAGGAUGGGGAGUAGAAAACGGCACAAAAUAUUGGAAAGCUCUAAAUAGCUGGGGCACUCAAUGGGGAGAAAACGGUUUUUUUAGGAUUAAAAGAGGAGUUGAUGAGUGCGCUAUAGAAUCCAUGGGAGAAGCAGCUAUCCCUUAUAUUGUAUAA